AUGAAACAAUCCUUGGCAAAACUCUUACUCCUCUUUGUUUUGUGUACUAGAGAAACAGUAUUUGCUCUUGAAGGUGUUGUUAGACUACGAGGAACUUCUACUCCGAACACACCACCAGCACGGCUUCUUGUUGAUGAUUCGAACAUUUUCAACGUGACUGCGACACCGUCCUCCAUAGAAGAUAAUUCGAACAAUACCGAUGGGACUACAGCACCUUCCUCCUUACAAGAUGAUUCGAAUAGUACCGAUUCAAACAACACUGGUACCGAAGAAGAAGAAGCGACUACAGCACCUUCUUCCUCUAUCGAACCAUGUCUGAACUGGGAUGAUGAUUCUCCUUGUUCGCCGUCCCAGCCAACGACAACACCUUCAACUAGAUCAUUUUCUGAUAUUCCAGGUUUAGGAUUCAUUGUCAUGGCUAGCAUGAUUGUUGGGACCAUUAUAUUCAUUAAAUGGCUAUGCAAUCCAGAGAACCGCGUUUGUGGCGUUUGGCUUGUUGUAAUGAUUGUUUUCUUCAUUGUCACUUUUCCUUGGGGUUUGGUGCUGUGUUUGUUAUGUGGUUCUGCCGCUGGGGGUGGUGGUGGUGGUAGUGGUAGUGGUAAUAUUUUUGAAAGCAACGAUUCCAAUGGCAUCCCCUGGGGGUACCGAGAACCAAGUCGUUUUGCAUCUGCACCUGCUCCAAGCCCAGAAAGAUGGGUGGUUGACAGCGGUAUUACGAAUCACUAUGGCGAACCUGCCCGCUGGACCAGAGAAUAA